AUGUGCAACCAAAAGGCCAUGAUGAAAAAUGCCAACAUGUUGAAGGAGAUGCAACAGGACUCAAUGGAAUGUGCUAUUCAGGCAUUGGAGAAAUACAACAUAGAAAAGGACAUUGUGGCCCAUAUUAAAAAGGGGUUUGACGAGGAGUACAACCCCACCUGGGACUGCAUCAUGGUGAGAAACUUUGGUGGUUAUGUGACACAUGAAACCAAACACUUCAUCUACUUUUAUCUGGGCCAAGUGGCCAUUCUUCUGUUCAAAUCUGAUUAA